AUGGUAGCAUUGGCAUUCAUACGCAUGCCUGCCGUGGUCUUUGCAACCAGCAUGCCGCUGGUUCUCGCCGGAAACUUGCUCAGCCUUCUCCAUGCUACUUUCCGGGUCUACACUGAAGACUUUGAGAACUGCGAUGGGACUGGGGCUGUUUAUGCAUUGCGCAUGGAACUUCUCUCCGGUCUGGGGGUGCUGGGGUUUGCUUGGAUAAUGAACAACAUCUUGCAGUUCAAAGCUGAGCUGCGAGUGGAAAGUGGCAACGUUGCCACCCAGCUUAGUGCAGCAUCUUCGCUCCUACGGUUGACUUGCGAUGCUGUGAUUGAGCUGGAUAACGAGCUGCGCCUGAUUGAAGAUUCGCCAGAGCUGGCCUGCAUGCUGCUGAAAAAUUCGCCUGGUGCAAGCUUGAAAGGCUGCAGCUUUCUGGAUUUCAUUCCUCCGGACGAUGCCUCACGGGCGCAGGAGAAUUUGGCACCAGCUGGUUCGAUGAACAAGCAAGGCAGCUUCAGCUCGUUUGGUUCAUUUAACUCAGAUUCGGAAAUGCAAAUCACCGCGCAUGCUUUCCACACCCGUUUAGUGGACAGCUACAAUGGCAAGAUUUGCACAGAAGUCUUCCAAGUGAGGUACACCAAGCUUGAUGGCCAGAAGUACUAUUUAUUGGGGCUUCGUGACUUUACAGAUGUGAAGUCGUUGGCGGGCGGAAAUGCAGCUGAUUCCGUUGCAGAGUUCGACAAUCCAGUGUCGCAGUCACACAGCAUCUCCUUCCCUAUGUUUAGGAGCCCAUGUGGCAGUGAGUAUGGUGGAAGCUCUGGCAUGGACUCUCCUCCAGCUGAACUAGCACCAGAGAACGCAUUUCGCGUCCAACACAGCCCGAGAAGUCCUACAGAACAAAAGGGAAAGGACAUCUAUAUGGACAUCGAUAUGGAAGGUCUUCUGGUCCAUGCUGCGUCUACACCACUGACUCAUUUGGCCGGCAAGACGUUGAGAGAAGUUUUUCCAUCGCCGCAUACUUCUCUCCUCCUGCAAUCGUUGCAUUCGGAGGCUAAGAUUUCGCAGAGGCCUGAGCUCAUGUUCAACAGAGUCCUUUCAUACAAGGAGCUUCCUUUGGUUGGCGUUGCGCAGGGCAUCAGUGGAACAAUGCAGCUGACCAAGACCCGAUAUGAUCAAGUCCAUGUUCUGAUGGCUUUCGCCACCUGUCAGCCAGAGAGGAGCAGAUUUGAACGCCGCACUCGGCACAAGCCCUCGUAUCAACUCCAGAAAUCUUCUUCCCUGACGUCACUGUAA